ACUGCCGUCGAUAGUGCCUGUGUUUGGGUCUCAUUCAUUGUGUUGCGUAAGUAGACACCGGAUAGUUUCACAUGGCGCUACCGUUUGUCCCGAACUCCCGAACUUGAAACUUCCCAUGUAACAGAGGAGGUUUCGAGGUUUCGAGCAUACGAAAAAUGAAUACAUGGAAGACCAGGGUCACGUGGGCUUGCCCCGAUGAUAGGGAGCUGGCCCUCAGAGCUAAACUGCGAUCAGGCUGGUCCGCGAAGUCGGAUCGAGUCUUUCAGAAACAAGAGCCGCUCAGUACGCAAGAGGUCUCCACCAUAGUCGAGGUGGUCAAGAAAGCAGAUCGCGUGGAGCAAAUGGAGCGGGAUCGUGUGAGUCGACUUGUCAAACAGCUCGACAAACUGCGGAAUCGAUGCGUCCAAGGCCAGAAGAGCAAACGAACCUGCAACAUGUGCGGAGUCGGAUUCCGUCUAUUGAUAUCCUCCGCUCAGAAAUGCCGUAUAUGCGAGAAAGACGUCUGCGCGAAAUGCGGCUUGAACGCCGUCGUCCUUCAGAGCGGUCUAAAUCAGAGAGAUGCCGUCUGGCUGUGCAAAAUCUGCCACGAAAUUCGCGAGGUCUGGAAGAAAUCAGGAGCGUGGUUUUACAAGGGUAUGCCGUUGCACAAUGAGGAGCGUAAAGUGGGCGGCGACGCGCCUGGAGAGCAGAAAACGGAUUGAUCGGCUUCACUCGUCAAAAUUGCUCAACGAAGAUCAACAAAGAACGAUUCCUGUAUUUUGAUAGCAAAUAAAUGCCGGGGAGUUUUCCUCAGCAUAUCAUAUCGCCUCGGUAUACGUAGGUUCGUAUCCAUAACGACAGCGGCGAGGGACUCAGGGGCAGUCCCUAGUGCUCUAAGAUUUUGGAUGCCGAUUGCACGGGUGGACUUUCACACCGGUCAUUUUCCCCGUGACGGGAGCUCCAUCCUAUGCACGGGAGCCUUUCGGGACGCUUAAGCUCGCGGAAUCCCCGAAUGUUCGUUCGGUUCCGUACGGAAGUGAGCCUGAGCGUUUGUCGAAUCAGGAAACCAGCGCACAGUUGUAUUGAUAUCCAAUAGUGUUAGGGGAAAGAGCGAGGAUAUGGGAGAAUGACCUACCACGGAUAAUUUCAACGUACCUCGCAGCAUUGUUACGAAGUGUCAGCGCAGUUUCCCCGCUCCCCCCCCCUGACGGCGGAUGAUUUAUAUAAUCGGCACCACAAGAUUGAAAACUCAUGUUCGACA